AUUCACUCUCUUUGUCUUCAUUUCUUUGGGGUAAUUUUAAGAUAGUUCAUUUUUAUCUUUUUUUCCCCCCUCUCUUUUGGAUUGAUUUUUAUAUUUUUUUCUUAUUUUCAUUUUUCUAAUUGGUCUUAAUUAAAGGUGUUAAAUUUGCCUGAGAAUGCCAAUGGAGACCAUCAACGAACAAGAAGUUGCUCCACCAUCCGGCAGAAAUGGCGGCAGCAACUCUAACAAUGCAUCCGCAUUAGCCAACACCGAGGACAUGGAAGCCAAGAAGCUCAAGAGAGUGAUGGCAAGCCGCCAAUAUUCACAGAGAUAUCGGCUGAAACAACUGCACUAUAUCAUACAGCUUGAAACUGAAGUAAAAGCUCUUCAGGCUGAAGUGAUGAUUUGCUUUCCUAGGAUCAACUAUGUUGAUCGUCAGAACUCGUUGCUCCGGACUGAGAACGGUGUGAUGAGGCAGAAGCUGUCUGCUUAUACAGGCGAACUCUUGUUCAAAGAAGCUCAAUAUGAGGGACUGAAGAAGGAGAGGGACUUCUGGAAGCAGUUUUUCGCUGUGCAACAACUACAAUAUGAAGAGAUUAAUCUUACAACAAAUCCUGGAUACCGGCUGCUGCCACUGAAUAUUGAUGUUCAACCGAGCCAUCCAACCGGAUUCAAGAGUACUUAUACAGAAUCUCCAACGACCCCGAGUCCAAAUUGUUCCACCAUUGUUGAUGAAAAGGAAAGUACUUCGGACAUAUAAUUUAAGCCCUUUUUUCAUCUCAUAAUAAUCCAAUUUGAUAUGAAUCCCCUGUAUAAUGUCCAUGUGAAUUGCUUAUCUUUCAUGCACCUGUUUAGUAAUUUGGUACGUCCAAGAUACAUGACCAACACAUGUCACCAAUCUGGUGCUAAAAUUUCUAGCUAGCCAGUAUUAUUUAAUUUCUGCACCAAUUGUAGUGUUAUGUUUUUGAACUUUAAUAAAGGGGGAGUUUAAUU